AUGGGUUUCAAUCUUCAUGCAGACAACAGCAAUGACCCUCCUGAAGUGCGCAACUGGAGGGUCCAUUUCAUUGCGACGGUGGUUAGCAUGGGAGCUAUUGCCAUGGGAUACGAUACAAGUGUAAUCGGUGGAACUUUGGCAUUGAACUCCUUUCGCAGAGACUUCGGGCUGAUCCAUGUGUCUGACCAUGCGACGGACACGUUGGAGGGAAACAUUGUAUCGACAUUCCAGGCUGGCUGUUUCUUCGGAUCUUUGCUGACGUUCCCACUCGCGGAACGCUUCGGGCGAAAGAUGGCAAUCAUCAUGGCGAUCUCGGUCUUUUGUGUUGGCGGUAGCUUGAUGACCGCUGCCUCGGGUCAUCUGGGCAUGAUAUACACAGGUCGGGUGAUUGCAGGGUUUGGAAUCGGCUCGGUAUCCUUGCAGGUUCCCGUGUACAUUGCGGAGACCUCUCCACCCUCCAUUCGGGGCCGUCUUGUGGGAAUAUUUGAGAUAUGUUCCCAAGGAGGCGGCAUGUGUGGCUUCUGGAUCAACUACGUUGUCAAUCGCACAAUUGCCUCCUCUAAAAUGGCUCAGUGGCAGGUUCCGUUGGGACUUCAGCUUUUGCCUGGGGCCCUCCUCCUAUUCGGUAUCUUCUGGUGUCCAGAGACGCCACGCUGGUACGCGAAGCAAGAUCGAUGGGACGAGGCUGAGAAAAGCCUGAUUUGGAUCCGCAAGUUGGAUCGUCAUCACCCGUUCAUUCAGGAGGAAUUGGCGCAAAUCCGCGAGCAAAUCCAAAUUGGCUUGCCUCCACCCGGGACUAGGCACAGCCCGAUGUACUUUGUGCAGCGGCUCUGGCAAAAAGGCACCCGCAACCGAAUUGGGAUUGGUCUUUUGCUGAUGGCAUUUCAAAAUCUGACUGGUGUUAACAUCAUCACCUACUACUCGCCGCGUAUUUUCGAGACGCUGGGUAUCACGGGCACCGACACGAAGCUUUUUGCGACGGGAUUUUACGGAGUUGCAAAGACCCUCGGCAUGGUGAUCUUCAGCGUCUGGCUGGUCGAGAAAGUCGGUCGUCGCAGCGGUUUGAUCUGGGGAGCCUUUAUUGGCAGCUUGCCGAUGUGGUAUAUAGGUGGGUAUGUCUUCAAAGCGGAUCCCACUGCAGCUGCGGCAGCCGGACGAACAGAGCCUAAUGCAGCGGGAUACAUUGCCAUGGUUUGUGUAUACCUGUAUGGCCUGAUCUACUGCGCGACUUGGCAGGGGAUCACCUGGGUCAUCUGCUCCGAGGUCUUCCCUAUUGAUAUUCGCAUGCUCUGCGUGGCCAUCACGACGGCUGAUCAAUGGCUGUGGUCGUUCAUAAUUAGCCGUACGACUCCCUACAUGAUCACCUCAUUAGGGUACGGCACAUAUUUCUUCUUCGGAUCGCUGAUGAUAUGUAUGGGAAUCUGGGCUUAUUUCUUCAUUCCGGAGACGAAAGGCAAGACGCUGGAAGAGAUGGAGGCGUUAUUCGGUGCUCCGAGUAGUGUUAGCCAGGAGUUGAAUGAAUACGGCGAAGUGGUCAAGGGGAAGGGCUGCCGAGCCGCGGGGGACGUGACGGCGAUGCCCUAA